GCUGCUCCUCUGAUCUCAGAGUUGAAUGGUGUCCAACAGUUUGAGCUCGAGACGCUGAGUUUCUGCAGGUGUCGUCUUCUUCUACAGCAGCUCGAGCUGGACAGAGGGUUUGUAUGAUGGAGCUGCGCGAGCUGUUGCUUGUGAGCUGUGAAGCUGGACCAGGAGGAGAGCACGAGGAGCAGCACGAGGAGCAGCACGCAGGUGUGCAGGCUGUGGAGCUGUGUCUGACCGGAGGCUCUCCGUGGGGCUUCACUCUCAGAGGAGGCCUGGAGCAGCACGAGCCGCUGCUCAUCACCAAGGUGGAGGACGGGAGUCGAGCGGCGCGGGGUCGACUCCAGAUCGGUGACGAGAUAGUCAGCGUGAACUCGGUUCUGCUCAGUGGUUACAGACUGGAGGCCAUUUGUCUGGUGAAAAGCUCACGUAAGACGCUCUCUCUGGGAAUAAAACGGAGUAAUGAAUCGUCAUGUAGACCCCAUUCGUGGCACUCCGCUAAAUCCACGGAUAACUCUACCACCGACACCCCCAAAUCUGAACCCAACCCUGUACCCGACCCCACCUGGCAGACAAAAUAUGAUGCAGGGUCGCUUUCAAAAGACUUCACCAGCUGUUGGGGACAGACCAAUCUGCGACAAGUAUCCUGCCAGUUCAGCUCUGUGGGAAAUAUGGAAAGUGUAGAGCCCUCAUCUCAUGCUUGCUCGAAAGAGCAGCCAUUAUCGAGCAAACCCAAUGGUGCAGCAGAUCACCCAGUGUUUGAGAGUGCCAUCAGCAAACCUAAUUCUGCAUGUAACACGUUUUUGUCAGGCACAGCUGACCACAGUGCACCUCGGGGUGUCACUAGCACAGAAGGGAUGUUUUAUAGAGGCAUUCCCAGUAAUUUAGGAGUUUCCAGUGACUGCUAUAGAUACCUGCAGAUCCCCAUGGGCAACGGGGGACGAGUGAGUCCCAGCGUGGAGGAGCAAGCUAGCUCCAAAUUCUCCUCCACUGGAAGAUCCAACCAUAGACCUGUGUGGCAUAUUCCUGAGAACAAGAUGUCCACUACUCAAGCUCCUUCUGCUCCUUCUGCUCCUUCUCCACCCUUGCGUAGUGAUAGUUUCAUUGCCACCAGAGUUCAUGAGAAGAGCUUGGUGGGAUCGUUCCCUGAAGGACUUUCUGUGUAUCCACCACAGAAACCUCACUGCAGAGCUGUGGACCGACAGUUGGAUGGUGAACGAGGGCGUGAAGCGAGACACAGCUACAACCCACCUCCAAAGAAGGACUUUCUUCAGCCGUAUCUUUCGGUUGAGUACUACCCAAAUCAGCCGAACCCUACCAAACUCUUUUCCAAGUCAAGCACUGAUGUUAGACAAGGCCAGAACCCAUUUGCAUAUGAACUUCAGCAUCAGAGACAGCACAGCGAUGAUAGUACCUUUUCUGUGUACCCCAAUGCUACAUGUUCACCAAAGACCCAGAGCAUUGGGAGCAACUACCGAAGCCUUCAAGAUUUGCCCACCAACACUGGCAGUCGAAACCAAACCAGAACCCCCAUGGCAUUUGACCCCAAUCAUGAGGGCCAGGCUCAUUUCCGUUACUACUGCAUCACUGCCCAGCAGCCAUCCCUGGAAUCCCCUACACAGGGUUGGAUGGAAGAUGAACGGAGGUCUGAAACAGGAACCACUCGAGGUGCCACAGACAGAAGCUUUGUUGGUUCUCAAAAGGUUGUGAAGACAAAGUAUCCCCAGCCGUACCUCAGUGUACCUGAGAACAAGAGCUCCAACGGUUACAGCAAACAGGCCAUCACUGCUCCUUCAUCUCAAGCUACGUCCCCAGUACCAAAUCAUCUGAUUUCAAAGUCCAGCUCCGGGGAAAGAGAGAUUCCAAAGAAGAAAGAGGGAGUUAAGCCACAGCCUUCCAGGCAUGUACCAAAUCACCAGAUGGAGCAGAAGAACUCUGUGUCCACUUACCACCAGGACAAUCCAUGGAUCAGCAAGCAGGAUUACAAGAUCUGUCCACACAAGACACCCAUGUUGCACUCUUUGGCCCAGGAGAGCAAGAAGAUGGCAGAAAAAUCAGUAACGGUCAAAGGAGGUGGUCAAGAAUCAACUGAUGCCAUCGGUGGCAAACAGGGAAGACGGAGUGACCGCUAUGCCACAACUCUACGCAACGAGAUCCAACAGAAGAAGUCCCAGCUUCAGAAAAGCAGAAGUGCAGCUACCUUGACCUGCUUAAGUGAAGUUGAGGAGGACUCUGACAUCAUGAAAUCCAAUGAGACCUGCACAUCAUCUUCUGAUGGUUCCUUCACCAACACGUACAAGGAUCAUCUGAAGGAAGCCCAAGCCAAAGUUCUGAAGGCCACAUCGUUUAUGAGGAGGGACCUGGAGUUUCCUGGGAACGAAGUUGCACCGGGUCAACUUCCCAAAAAACCUGGGCCUGUUUAUGGGCAAGUCAACCGCAUUGGGGGGCGUAAAAGGUUUCCCAUGGAUAAAAAGAUACAUUCCUUCUCUGAACCAGACAAGAUCAAUGAAGUAGGAGUUGAGGAUAAGGCAGCUGGGUGCUUUGUGGACCGAUAUAAGUUCUUCGAAGGUUCCUUCAAACCAGUUCUCCAAAAGCCCAUUCCAAAGCAAUCCCUGCUCAGUCCAACUGAAGACCAAGAUGAGAGAAAGACUAGAUUAACUGGAAACAGCGAAAGCAUCCAUCUAGCUCCCUUAAAACACAGUAAAUCGAGCCAUUCUGAUCUUAAUACAGAGGAGCAACAACGACUCGGUACAUUUGCAGAAUAUGAAGCUACAUGGAACAUGCAGAAGAAGCCAGUGGAAAGAAGAGCCACAAGCAGAUAUCGUUCAGCUGAAAACAUCCUGGACUCAGGCUUGGAGGAAUCCAACAGUACAGUGUGUGUUCACGAAAGAUCCCGUUCCUCCCCUUCUGCUGACUUCUACGGACAGAAUAUCCCUCUGCCACCCAGAAAGUCUCCUGUUGAAUCUCCGCCUGAAGCCAAGGACCAACAGGAGGCCCAUAUCACUAGUGUAUCCGAAAGAGAGCAUGGUCUGCUCAACAUCUCUGAGCCUCUAGAGUCCAUCACACUGAACGUUCUGGAAAGUGAUGUGGCACCUCUUUCCUCCAACCAGAAACCCAGACUUGCCAGGUAUCCACCACCAUUCUCCUCACAUCAUCUCCAGGUUCCCGUAUCAGAGCAACAGCUUCCUAAAAACAAAAGUCAUGAACUGCAGAGGUCUGUCCAACCCAAACAGCCAGAAACCACAUGCCCUUUCAGAGCCUCCAAGGAAGUUAGAGUUCAGACCUCUUCCCCUGAGCCAACUCAAGGACCAUGUCCAUCAGAACAUCUGGAGAGAGACAAAUGCCCGACCUCAGAGGACAAUCGGAGAUCAGACACCGAGGGGAUGUUAUCACACACGCUACAUCUUUUAGGUCAUUCCUCCAUUUCUCCCAAGCAGAACAUUGACCUGACGGUAACCUCAGCCAGCAGAACACGUUCUCCUUCUCCUCAGUCCUCUCCACAGCCACCUGCAACUGUGCAGAAAAAGGAUCCAUGCAGUAGUAAGAUGGAGGAAACAUCAGAGCCAAACACUGCUGGGCGAAAGGUUCCCAUACAGAUCAUUUGUACAGAAAACGGUUCAGAGGGAGAAAACCGAAACUAUCUGCCACAUGGUGAAUCAUCUGGAGGCUCUGAGGUGCCUAAAACUGGCCAGCUAAAAAAUCUAGAUACUCCAGAGCAAUCGAAGUCGCCGUUUAUUGCCUACACCCACCUGGAUCCAAGUAGAAACGCAGAACGUCAGACUGGCGAGAUGGUACUAGACAAUAAAGAGAGGGUGAGGAGCAAUGGUGUGGGCGAACACUCAGAGGAGGACCUGAAACGAGAGGAGCUGGCCAGAGAUAUCAUGGGGAAGGACAAGAGUCUGGUGGACAUCUUGGAUCAGAGUAAGAUGAAGACUACCAUGGAUCUGAUGGAGGGAAUAUUUCCACAGGGGGAGCAGCUCCUGGAGGGAGCGCAGCAGAGGAGGAAAGCGGCCUCCAAACAGACGUCUCCCAAAAAUACACAGCAGAGGGUGGAGGACAAUUUGGCAUCAUCAGUGUCGUUAGUGAACAGUUCGUCGUAUUAUAGCACAUCUGCACCUAAAGCAGAGCUGCUCAUAAAGAUGAAGGACAUGCAGGAUCACAUGGAGGAACAAGAUUCAGAGGAUGAACUUGAUUAUGACCUGUCCAACAAGAAGCAAGAGUUGAUCGACAGCUUAAGUAAGAAGCUGCUCGUGCUUCGAGAGGCUCGUGAAAGCCUGCAGGAGGACGUGCAGGACAAUAACGUUCUGGGAGAGGAAGUGGAAGACACUGUACAGACCGUCUGCAAACCCAACGAGCUGGAGAAGUUUCGCAUGUUCGUGGGUGACCUGGACAAAGUGGUCAGUCUGUUGCUGUCUCUGUCCGGCCGACUGGCCCGAGUGGAAAAUGCCCUGAACAACCUGGAGGAGGGAACGUUAGCGGACGAGAAGCACACUUUGACCGAAAAACGCAAACUGCUGAUUCGCCAGCACGAAGACGCCAAAGAGCUGAAGGAGAACUUGGACCGAAGGGAACGUCUGGUUUAUGAGAUUCUGGCCAGUCACCUCAGCGAAGAGUGUCUCGCAGACUACCGGCACUUCGUCAAAAUGAAGUCGGCGCUCAUCAUUGAGCAGCGUAAACUGGAGGAUAAGAUCAAACUGGGUGAAGAGCAGCUCAAAUGUCUGAAGGACAGUCUGCCGCUGGACCAGAGACUGCUGUACUGAACUAUACUGAUCCAUAGCGCACUAUACUGAACUCUGGACUGGUCUAGACUGGACUGGACUACGUUAAGUUAACUCUUGUUGGGAACUAGACUCUAAGCAGACGUAUUUCAUAUCUGCUUGUGUGCACUGAAUAGAUUUAUUACCAUCAACACAAAAUCAUUCUCAUAUAAGUUCUGAGCGUUUUAAAAAAAAAGUUUUUUUCUACCUGUAUGUGCGUUUAACUAAUUUGCUUUGCGGCUGAAAGCUAACGGUGCUAUUAACUGAAAGUUAGAUCUGCUUAUUCUUAACUAGAUCCAGACUGAAAAGCUGUUUUACUCAUUUCAUGUGAAUGAAAGGGAGGUUUAGAAUAUCUCUACUCUUAUCUAAAAUAUGAACCUGUGAACCAGGAAAAUCAUUUGUGAUAUACUGUUCAUAAACACGCUUGCAGUGCACUUCUGCUGCAAUAAAUUGGAAUAAAAAUAAAAAUAUAUAUGGCAACUUUUGUUGUAGCUCUUCAUAGUUAUGGAUGGGUUACAAUUAAUUUGUCUGUCUGAUAUCACACUUGCUGUAAGGAAGUGAUUCAUAAAUAUUUAGCUGUAAACAAGAAUAUUACGGUAUAUAAUUAAGCGUCACCCAUGAUUUUAUGAUCUUUAUGAGUCACUGUAUUUUCCAAUAUGAGGCGACCGAUCUCAGAUUCCUCAUUGUUUGGUUUUAUGAUGUUGACCGUGAUCAUGAGCCAUGGUCAAUCAUUCACAGAAACAUAUUCACGAGCUUAUUUACAGAAGAUUUCUAAACAGCAGGAAGUUUCAGACGGGU